ACAUGGCAAGAAGGCCACCAGAGUGUGACGACGCUCGGCCUAGGCUCGACAGGCAAGGGCAUUCUAAUAGGCAUGCUGUCUGCCUUCGGCUCUGCAGCGCUGGUGGGAAUCAUCAUCGCUGCCAUCUAUUUCUUUCGAUACACGAGCCGCGGACGCAUCUUCCUCGACCGCAUCGGCCGCCCUGGCGAAUUCGAUGAUGAACAGAGUUUCUUGCGGGAGGAAGAGGAGGCCUUGGCGGAGAUGGAUGACCUGCAGAGGGCAGAAUACUUCCGAGCAAAGGCAUUUGUGCAGCACAACCCGCCCGAGUCCGUACAAACUGAUAUUUCCUUGUCACAGUUCUUAGCGAUCCAAGAGAAAGGCGUUUCAGCAUGGGAGUUUGAGCCGGAAUUGGAGAUAGCGAACUGCUUCGUGGAAGCAAGGACCGAGAUUGAGUUCUUCGAUUCCGAGUGCAGCGUGCAAAGCAAUCUACCGAUACCAAAGCAAAACGAAGUAUACUACUGGGAGGCGAAGCUAUAUGAUAAACCGGAUUCGACUUUGGUCAGCAUUGGCGUGUCAACAAAGCCGUACCCGCUGUUCAGACUGCCUGGGUCGCAUAAGCACUCCAUCGCCUACAUGUCGACGGGGCAGAGAAAGUUCAAUCAGCCUUUCAAUUCGACGAAUUACGGACCACCAUACGUGCAAGGCGAUGUCGUUGGUGUUGGAUACAGACCUCGAACGGGCACCAUUUUCUUCACAAGAAACGGGAAAAAGCUGGAGGACGUUUGCCAUGGCAUGAAACUACACAACUUCUUUCCCACCGUUGGCGCGAAUGGACCUGCAAAUGUGCAUGUCAAUUUCGGCCAGAUGGGAUUCGUCUUCAUUGAAGCGAAUGUCAAGAAGUGGGGCCUUGCGCCUAUGACCGGGAGUCUGGCUCCACCGCCGCCAUAUGGAAGCGAGGCAGGCAGUAUCCUUCUCGAAGGAGGGCGUGAAGGCGUAAGAGAGGGACAAGGCUGGAUACCGGGCCAUGCGCGAACGAGUAGUGCUCAAGUGCGAUUGCAAGGUCGGCCGACAAGAAGUCCUGGCCCCGAACGAUCGCCCACGGACAUCUCGUUAGCUCAGCUGAAUUUGAUGGACAUGCAUGAGGAGGAAGAUGACGACUAUGGGGAGGGCACAAGCGAGGCUGCCAGUAGCCAGGUUCUCAUCAACCCAGGGCUGCCAUUUGAACCCGCUGAUCACCCACCGCCGGAUUACGAAAGUCCU